GUGUUUUCUAGCUGUAUAGGACUCCAUAGUUAGAGAACUAGUCCAGAACUGAACUUUUGUUAACUGUUGGGACAUCUUUAGCCUUGUUUACAAAAUGUCUGACCCCAAAGAGAACGUUAAAGCUCACAUCCAACCCAAGAUACGAGCAGCUGUUGAGACUGUAGCCAGAGAGAGACGACCUAAUGGAUUCCGUGUAGACAAAGGUGACUUUGAGAGGUUGAUGGAAGUUAUCACGAUUGAGAGGAUAAGAUCUAAUGAGAAUUGUUCCUCGUCAAUGUCCCUACAUGCACACAGAGUGGACCUCAGUGUUCAGGCCGAUCUACAAAUUCGUGUAUACCCCAUGUCUCCAGUCAAGAAAGGAGCGGCCAUUGGAGGUGGUGCUGGUGCAGCUGUUGGUGCUGCCGGAGGUACCGCUGGAGGCAUAGCUGCGGGGGCUGUGAUUGGCUCUGUUGUGCCAGUGGCUGGGACGAUCAUAGGUGGAAUUAUCGGUGGGGUUGCCGGUUUCUUUGGUGGUCUUGCUGCCGGGGGAAGUGUUGGAGCAGGCGCAGGUGCGGGGAUCGGAGCAGCUGAUAGUAACAACAGACACACUAUUAUUCGCGCUUCUGAAGUUUUUGUGAAGUUUGAAGAAUACUCGACUGGCAAGAACCACAACUCUUGUCACUGUGUACUGACCGCACCCACCCAGUGCCCAAGUGGCGACGAGGGACCUGACAACGAGAAAAAAGAAUGAUACUAGAAUCUAGUACAUGCAGGACUCUGUUUCAUUGUGUGUUGUUCUCAUAAUUAUUUGCCUAAUUAUUAUACAUAAUUAUUG